AUGGAUCACCUUUCCAGAGUUCUUGUCUGCGUCUGGGCGUUGUUGCUCGGGGCCUUUGCAUCUCCAGCACCUCGUGAACCGACUGUCACCGUUAUCAAUGGCACUUAUGUUGGCCGUUAUCUGCCAGAUUGGGAUCAAGAUGCCUUCCUCGGAAUACCCUACGCCCAGUCUCCGGUAGGGCCGCUUCGUUUCAGAUGGCCACAGUCGCUAAAUACGUCCUGGUCGGGCGUCAGGAAUGCUACCGAAUAUGGAUACAGCUGCUUUCAGUACGGGAGUAACUUCAGCUUGUCUGAGGACUGCCUAACACUCAAUGUUGUCCGUCCAAGCGGCUACGACAACACUAAGCUCCCCGUUCUCGUCUGGAUAUACGGCGGUGGUCUAUCUUCAGGCUCAAGCGCUGACCCGCAAUACAACCUCUCGGGCAUCGUCCAUACCUCGCAAACAAUUGGUCGCCCCAUCGUCGCUGUGUCCAUUAAUUACCGCCUCGGAGUCUGGGGUUUCUUACAGUCGCCGCAGAUCCUCGCUGAAGGCAGCAGCAAUGCUGGACUUCUGGAUCAGCGCAUGGCUCUCCGCUGGAUCCACGAGAACAUCGCCGCAUUCGGAGGCGAUCCAAAGAGAGUCACCAUCUGGGGAGAGUCUGCGGGUGCCCAGUCGAUCGGUCUGCAUCUGACCUCCUACGGCGGAAGGAAUGACGACCUCUUCCAAGCUGCGAUCAUGGAGUCUGGCGGACCUGAAGGCACGGCACUUACGGACCUCGCAUUCUACGCAUCUCCGUUCGAGAACUUGACUCGCACCGUCAAUUGCUGGACUGCCACGGACAGGCUUGCCUGCCUGCGUGAUCUCUCAUCUGCCGAGCUCUAUGCCGCACACACAUCAGUGGUGUGGAAUCCCAUUGUGGACGGAGACUUCCUUCAGGACUAUCCGUCAACCUCCAUUGCCGAAGGAAAGUUCAUACAUGUUCCAUUGCUGAUCGGCGCCAACACGGACGAAGGUGUUAGUUUCAGCGUCAAGGGUCUCGACAACACAACUGCCGUCUUCCAGAGCCUCAUGACUUGGAGAUCAUAUGCACUCUCUCCGACUAGCAUCCGCAAGCUGUUGGAACUGUAUCCGAACGACCCAGAGAGCGAACCCCCUUAUCACAUCACAGCGAAUGAAACCUUUCCCCAGUUCGGGCUCCAGUGGCGGCGAUCGGCGGCAAUUGGAGGCGACCUUGUCAUGAUCGCGCAGCGUAGGAAGGUCUGCGAAGUCUUUACCAGCGCCGGUCAAGACGUCUACAGCUAUCGCUUCGAUACACCGGCAUGGAAUGCCAAGCCUACAGAUGGGAUCCCGCAUUUCGUGAAUGUCGCAUUCAGCUUCCAGAAUAUCAGUGGUAAUCUGGGAGCGCUACCGGAGUAUCAGAGCUACAGAGAUCUGAGCCUCGAUAUUGGAAAGGCAUACGUGAACUUUGUAUAUGAUCACAAUCCUAAUGGUAACUCGACAGGAGGAUUACCCUCUUGGCCGAAGUACAGUUUGCAAAAGCCGACAAACAUGGUGUUGAACAGCAAUGGGAGCUUUGUCGAAUCUGACACGUGGAGGAAAGACGGAAUCAAUUUUAUUAAUUCGAUCUGGAGGGAACUUCUGUCUUAG